AAACAACAUCCAGCUUCCAGAAUCACAAGCAUAACCAUCAUGUCCCUAGCCCUAAUCACUGGCGCAACAGGCUUCAUCGGCUCCCAGGUCGCCCUGCGCGUCCUGCAAGCAGGAUACCGCGUCCGCCUUGCCAUUCGCCGCGAAGACCAAGCCAACAAGCUCCGUCGCAUUCUUGCUGACUACGAGAAUCAACUAGAGUUCACCGUCGUACCCGACAUUACACUCCCAGGAUGUUUCGACGAAGCAUUGAAAGACGUACAAUACGUCCUACAUCUCGCAUCCCCGCUACCAAAACCAGGUAGCAGCGAUCUCCUCACCCCGGCCGUGAACGGCACGACUUCAAUCCUCGAAGCCGCGGCAAGAGUCCCGAAUAUCAAGAAAGUUGUCGUGACGGGAUCUGUCUUGUCUCUGAUUUCCUUAGGAGACCUAAAAGAUGGCCUAGUCGUGAAGGAGGACAACGAAAUAAACUAUGCGCUCCCCCCACAAACCACCAUCUCAACUCUUCCCCCAAUGGCCCAAUACCACGCCAGCAAACUGGCCGCCCACAAAGCCACCCUCGACUUCCUCUCCGCGAACACUCCCCAUUUCGACCUAAUUACACUCCACCCCGUCUUCGUCUACGGCCGCAGUCUCAUCCAGGAGUCCGCUGAGCAGCUGGAUGGUUCUAAUGGCGGGCUCUUCCAGUCCCUUUUCUCGGAGAUACCUAGUAGUCCCCAGUUCCAGGGCGUGCAUAUCGAUGAUGUUGCCGAUGCGCAUGUAAGGGCUCUUGGUGAGGGGGUGAAGGGGUUCAGGGCGUUUCUGUUGGCGGAUGAGGCGAGACCUUGGGGGGAUGUGAAGGACUUUCUUGAUAGGGAGUAUCCUGGGAGAGGGUUCAAGUUGCAGGGUGCGAGGACUGUAGGGUAUAGGGUUGAUGCGUCGAGGGCGAAGAGAGAACUGAGGAUGGAGUUUCAAGGUAUGGAGAAGAUGGUUGGGGAUGUUCUUGAGCAGCAGUUUGGGUUGAGGGGUGGGAAGUAAUUGAUUUCGGUUUUUUUUUUUUUCUUUUGUUUAUAUUGUGAUGGGUUAUGUUAGGUGUUGGGAUCGGAUUCCUGGCUUCAUCCGGUGGGAGUGUUAGAAAUGGGUGGAUUUAGGAGAGCUGAACAUUGAUACAAUGAACGAAUUUAUAUGGGUUUGCAGGUGUGUAGUCAAAAUAGGAG